AUGGACUACUCGGCGUUCGCACCGGCACGGCCACCACAGGCGGGCUACUCGCACGGCGCAGGACUCGCGAGCGAUGGACAGCGAGCAGGCGCACAGGACGCGACAACGAGGCCGUACGGGCCUGCAGGACUCGCAGGACACUUUGGCAGCCUCGACUUGAGCGAUUCACACUCGUUCGAUGCGUUCCACCCGCCCAAUUCGUCCGCGUCCUCGUCGUCCGCCCGGGGACCGCUUCCUUUGUCCCCUCCGCCCGGCUCGUCGCAGGCAGGCCCGUCCUACCAGCCGACGCAGGGCAUGUCGAACGGAUACUCGGCUGCGAACCGCCCACGACCGCAGUUGUCGCCCGGUCUUGGUCCGUCAGGCGGCGCCCUUCCACCGAGAUCCGCAUCGCCUCUCCCUCAACCCGGCGCAAACGACUCGAACGCGCCGCGAAUCCCUCGCAAAAGCUCCCUGCCACCCAUACCGGGACACGGCGCGCCCUCGUCUGGUCCCGCACCGCCCCUUCCUCCUCUUCCGCCUUCCGCCUCCAGCUCCUCGACGCAACUCCACACCGACUCUCUUGGCCCGCGCGACUCUUCAGGCGGCGAACAAGUCUUCAACGGCGCGGCGAUCGCAGCAGGAGCAAGUGCCGGCCCUUCACAAGCGGCUCCGCAGGCAGGACAUGCUGCUGUCGCGUCUGAGUCUACGGCGAGCGGGAACGCUGCAUUGGCGGCGUCGAGCAGCUUGAAGCGUGCGAACCCGCUCGAGGACCUGAUCGCGACGGAGACGGCCUACGUCGAGGACUUGGGCGCGGUGAUUAAGCGCGUUGCAGCAGCAUGGUCGCGGAACAACUUCCCGCCUCCUGCGCUCGACGCCAUGUUCCGAGCAAUCGAGGCGGUGUACCGCAUCAACAAGACCCUCCUUGCGAAACUGAACGAAAUCGGCCCGAACCCCUCCUCGCCAAAAGCGCUCGGCGACCUCCUCAUGCGCUGGAUCUCCGACAUUGAGCCCGCCUACACCCGCUACGCCACCACCGUCUCCCUCGACUUUGACUUCUACGACCCCGUCCAGUCCAACCCCAAACUCGCGCCUAUCCUCGCUUCCCUCCCUUGGCCUCCUUCACUCCCCCCUCCUCCUUCAGCCGUCACGAUGGACCGACUCUUCGAGCUACCUUACUAUCGCGUGCGGUACUACAAGCGCCUGUACGCCAAACUUUUGCGCAGCACGCAAGAAGGACGAAGCGACCAUGCGCUUCUGGUGAGCGCGAACGAGAAGUUGGCCAAGUUGGAGGAGAUGUGUGAGGAGGGAAGGAAGAGGAGUGUGCUUGGGCCUGGUGGGAAGGAGGAGGUGAUGAGGCGGCGGUCUGAGGAGGAGGAAUGGCAGCAGCGAGCGCAGGAGCAGGAGCAAGCGCGAGUGGAGCAAGUGCCCGCUCAGCCGUCGGUAGCGGAGCAGCGGAUACCAGCAGAAGACGUCGAACGACUCGCCUCGCCGCCUAUCGAGCGACGCGAAGUCGAGCAGCCUGCACGAGCGGGACCGCCGAGGCUGAACCUUGAUUUGGCGGCGGCGGCGGCGAAUGGGUUGCGGAAGGAGGACCAGCCGCGAAGUGCGGUCGAUAGUCCGAGGAUGGAGAGUCCGUCGAGCAGCAGCAGCUUCCGGUCGUCCGGCGCGACAGGCGUCUCGACAGCCAACACUUCUGCGGUCCAUGCUCCCUCGCCGAACCCUUCGCGCGAGCCGCCUCUGCGUGUGAGCGAGCUCGAGCGCCGCCUCAACACGGAGCGCACGCUGGAUAUCUUCACGAUGAAGCCGAGGAAAUGCAAGCUCCAAAUGCAGCCGCCCAACCUCGCCUACCAGCGCCAACUCCGCAAGGCGUACGACGCCGUCCUCUCGUUCGUCCCGACCUCCGAUCCCGCGCAACGCCAAGUCCGCAUUCCUCGCGCCUUCGUCGUCAUCCUUACCGACCUCUUCCUCGUCUGCGAGCACGUCGCGCCGGAGGAACUGCAUCUCGCUGGCGGCGCCGACCUUUGGCUUCUUUACCCGCCUCUCGCCGGCAAACACCUUCGCGUCGCCGAUGGCUCGACUCGUGGCGAGGUCGAGGUUACGAUCAUGAACAAGGAGCGCUUGACGUUCCUCGUUGAAGGCGGAGACGAGAUGCGUGCGAAGGAGCUGAAGGCGGAAAUUGAGGAGGCGACUCGGUUCGGCGCUGCUCAGCCUCGCCAGGACUCGACGAUGUCGUCCGGUGCCGGUCACUCGCCCAUCUCGCCGACCGUUCCCAAUUCGGCUCUCUCGUCGUCCUUCGGUGCAAUGCCUGGACCACCUCUCUCGCCCCUCCCGCCCGGCGCACAUCCCGCAAGCCCUGUCCCGCCUUCUCCUCUUUCAGCCAGCUCACGUUCCGACGAACGCUCUGCCUUCCCGCACCCUGGCCCUCCCCCUCUUGGCUCUGGUCGCCCGCCUCUUCACCUCCAACCCGUCCCUCCUUCUUUCGACCCCUCCCGGCGCGCCGUCUCCGGUCCUGCACCGUCCAUCGCUCGACCCGAACGAAACGCCAGCAUGACGCAACACGGAUACCCUGCUCCUUCGCCGACUUACGCGAACGGACAGGUGGUCCAGUCGCCUGCUUCGUCCGACUUUCACCAUGCGAACGGCCCGCAGAGUCUCUCGCCCUACCCUCGAGACCCGUACGGCCAGCCCGACUAUCGCCAGCCCGGGUCGAACAGCAGUGGUGGCCGUCAGUCGCCGUACGGCCCGCAAGGACCGUUCCCCCAGUCCGACUUUGGGCAGUACGCCCCACCGCUCGCGAACGGCGCCUACCCCACCUACCCGCACAGCAUGCCCCGCUCGCAAAGCGACUCUGCGCCGCCCGCCAUGGCCCGCCCGGACUCGCGCCAGUCGAACGGGUCGUACUCGUCUGGGCGGACGGACAACUCAGGUCGGUGGGGUGCUCCGCCCCCUCCGAUGCCGAAGGAGCGAAGCUUCAACGGGAUGGACUUUAGCGGGCGCGGUGGGCCGCUGUAUGCGACGAGCUUGCGAGGCGAGCCUGGGCAGGGUCAGGGCGGGUACCUCGCUGCGCCGCAAGGACCCGUGCACCGUUCGCGCUCUGCAGAUGGACUGCGCAGCGAGGCCUUGCGCGGAGCGACGAACCCGAGCCCGAACUACCGAGCUCCAUCCCAGGCGUUGCUCGAAGAGCGGUCGACGUCGGCGCCCGGUUCGUCCCGGUCUGCCAGCAAACUCAGCUCGACACAAGACGAUUUCUCGCCGCCUACGAGUCCUGUCGAGCCUCGCAUACCGGACAAGACGAGCGUCGUGGCGACCAUGCGGUGCAAGGUGUUCUUGCAGCAACACCAUGCGCAGUGGAAGAGUCUCGGGACGGCCAAGCUCAAGUUGUUCCAGUCGAUGCCGAGCAACACGAAGCAGCUCGUUGUUGACAGCGACAAGGGCGGAGGGAAAACGAUCAUCUCGACGAUUGUGUUGGCGGAUGGGGUGGAGCGGGUUGGGAAGACGGGUGUCGCGGUCGACCUGAGCGACCAAGGCCAGCGCACGGGUAUCAUCUACAUGUUGCAGCUCCGGACGGAACAGUCUGCGACAGGCCUGUUCGAGCAGCUCCUCCUCGGCACCGACCGCGCUGCUCGCUAG